UAAUAACUUGCUUUGAAGCACCUUGAUGUUUUUUCGGCUAAUGUUUGCGCCAUGAAGCUCUCUACAGUGUCACAGUUCCUUGCGACAGUUGCUUUUACCACUGGUUGUAACCAUCACAGCGACAAGGAAUGGACAAAGGACGAACUUGACCAGCUUGAGGCCAAAUGGGGAUACGAGUGGGGGUUCGAAGGAAUCGGGACAUUUGCCCAUCUGAACUACGUCAAGUGCCUUACCGAACCCGAAGAGCCAUUCGAUAUUGCAAUCCUCGGCGCACCAUUUGACACGGCCGUGACAUAUCGUCCUGGUGCCCGCUUUGGUCCUCGCGCUAUCAGACAUGCCUCGGGUCGUCAAAGCUCUGUCCGAGGAUUCAACCCUCGAGCCAGCAUGAAUCCCUACCAGAACUGGGCCAAAAUUGUGGACUGUGGCGACAUUCCCAUUACCCCCCUUGAUAACAGCGUAGCUCAAACACAAAUGACAGAGGCCUUCAAGCAACUAGGGAAGCGCAAAACCACCUCAGCGCUGGCCACGAAACCAAAGAUUGUCACACUCGGUGGGGACCAUAGUCUCACGCUCCCGGCUCUGCGCGCGUUGAAUGAGAUAUACGGCAAGCCGGUCCAGGUGCUCCAUUUCGACGGUAAAAUGAUUGUGUGUGAAUUUCGAGCUAACCAGUCCAAUCAAGCCCACCUAGAUACCUGGAAUCCCAAGGCCUAUCCUUCAUACUGGGGAGCAACGGCCUUUACCCACGGCUCGAUGUUUUGGCUAGCGAACGAGGAAGGGCUGCUUUCGAAUUCUUCCCUCGAACAAUCUGUCCAUGCGGGUCUCCGCACUCGACUCACCGGGGAGAUUGAUAACGAGGACGAUACGGCGCAGAACUGGAGACGGUUCUCGGCCGAUGAUAUUGAUAUUGUCGGGACUCAGGGUAUUAUCGACCGCAUCAUGGGGAUACUCGGGACUGAGAACCCAGUCUACCUGUCAGUGGAUAUUGAUGUACUCGACCCGGCGUUUGCCCCCGGUACAGGGACGCCUGAAGCUGGAGGCUGGUCUACUAGAGAGUUCAUUAGGAUUCUCAGAGGGAUUGAGGGGCUGAACCUUGUGGGUGCUGACGUUGUUGAAGUUUCGCCUGCUUACCAGGGACCCGGAGAAGAGACAGCCGUCGCCGCUGCGCAGAUUGUCUAUGAGAUGGUAACUUCAAUGGUAAAACGGGGGCUUGGUAGUAUGGGAAAAGAGGACAAGAGACACAAGGAUGAACUAUGACUGUGUUAAAUCUUUUGGGGUUAUUCAAGAAUAAGGGGCGGGACUGUUCUUGUCGGUAGCAUGUAUGUUGCCCAACGGCAAUUAGAGCGAAGGCUUUUGAAAAGUGAUUUACCUGGACCUUCCCGCUAUGGGCUCAAUUGCCGUGUUAGUGGUCGAUAUAGUGAUUAUUAACGAAUGGUGUUCCUGGGAUCCGAC